CACUGAAUCAAGGAUUCCAAAAACAUUUCUUCCUCAUUCUCUCUGCAACUGAAUAAAAAAAAAACAAAUCCUUAAACACCCGACCUCGCCGAAGCUCCGACUGAGUCCACCACCGUCAUCUCCAACUUAUCCGGCGAUCUCCAGUCAGGUACUCAAUAUGACUGCGUUUAAAGCAUUCUUAAACAGUCCAGUUGGUCCUAAAACCACUCAUUUUUGGGGACCUGUUGCCAACUGGGGAUUUGUCGUUGCUGGAUUGGUCGACAUGAAAAAGCCCCCAGAAAUGAUUUCUGGAAAUAUGACUGGAGCUAUGUGUAUUUAUUCAGCAUUGUUCAUGAGGUUUGCAUGGAUGGUACAACCUCGUAACUAUCUACUUCUAGCGUGUCAUGCUUCGAAUGAGAGUGUGCAACUCUAUAAUAUGUCCCGUUGGGUAAAGGCUCAGGGGUACCUAUCAUCAGAGAAAAAAGAGAAAGAGUCAUCUGCGUAACUGAAUGAUACUAAAAUACACAAUACAGCAACUUUAUUGCUACAUUUGCUGCCUGUUUUUGUGCAAUUUUAAUAUUGACAACUCAUGUUAUUUUUUCCAGUUAAACUGUUGAAAGAACUUGCAUUUGAUUGUAUGAGUGAAGCUUGCUUUCAGUGAUCUCAUACGCUCCUUCAUU